AUGAGUCGUUUGCACCACACUGGCCAUGAAGCAAGACUAUUCUCGGCAUUUGACAACGCAGGGUUGGUGGCGCAGGUGCCCACUGUAUUUGUGGAUUGUGGGCCUGAUGCAAAUGCUCACCCUGUCCUUCCUUUGAGGGGCUUUUUGAAAUGCCUUGAAGCGAGCAACAAAUUGAACUUGGUCCUGACUGCCUCACCUGCAACCUAUGCAGAAUUUUGGGACAAGUACCGCCCCCACCGACCAAAACAUCCAUGCUUUACCCUCCGCACAGAUCAGGAACUAGCUGCGUGUGUGCCCAUUCUACUUCAUGCUGAUGAGGGGCAAACCUUGAAAAAGAAACAGUUAAUGAUCCUGCAGUUCCAGCCCUUGUUUGGAGCCGGUUCUUCCAGAGCUUCUGGCCUGAAUUACACUGGGUCCUCUUUGACAAGCCGGUUUCUGUACAGUGUGAUGGCUGCUCGUGUCUACAGCAAAAGUAAGUCAGAAACACUCCUGAACUUGACGGAGCACUUUGCCAAUGAGCUUGCAUCCCUUUGUGCUGAUGGAAUCGUUCUUGGUGGUCGUUGCUACUGGCUUAUCCCGAUAGGAAUGAAAGGAGAUUGGCCGGCGCUUUGCAAGCUGGGUCAGUUGACACGACAUUUCUUGAGAAACAAAUCUGGUGAGGGAAAGAUGGUCGGAAUUUGCCACAUGUGCAAGGCAGGUCAACGUGACCAAGCUUGGCACAUCACGGACGAGCAACAUAUGGAUACGCUUCACCAAGACGCAGGUGUUCCCUGGACAACACCAUCCCCCUUCACCCGCAUCAUCCCCCAGGAUCCAGACAAAAAGCCUGAGUUUUAUCGAGUGGACCUUUUCCAUACCCUGCACAAAGGGGUCUUCGGAGAUGUUGCGGCCAAUGCUGUGGUAAAUGUGAUGGACUUUGAUCUCAUGGGUGAAGGUUCUGUCCCAGUAAAGCUGGGGGUGAUCUUUGAGGAUCUUCAGAAGUAUUGCUACGACCAAAGCUUGCAAUUGCACAUGUCAUGGUUCAAAGGCGCUGACACAACUAGCUUGUGCCUCUACUUGGAGAGCAAGUACUUGACCCUGAUCGCAGACAACCCUGAACAUGAGCACAAAGGAUAUUUCUGCAACAUUUUGGAGACCUUGAAAGCUGCCAACGUCCCUGGCUUUGACGUCUUCUGA